AUGUUGUUUCCUUCAUCUCUCGAUUACUACUCCACCAAGUUGAGCUUCAAAGAGUUAUUUAUGCGAGGCAUGGAGUCGCAAGAGGAUGAGGAGAAGUUUGGAGUGGUGAUUCCAAGGCACUUCCACUUUACGAUUGAAGAACGUUCCAACCCGCAGACUUUACUACUAACUAAUAAAUUCAAAGAUGAAAUCUUGAAUGUUGAAAUUCUCGUGCCUGAUGUAGUUUUCUUUGAGGAGGACGAUGAUGAAGAUAAAGAGCAAGAGGUCCGUAGUUUUCUUUUUCCUAGGGAAAAGAUUUAUACUUACUAUAAUGAGUUCCCAAAAGACAAAAACCAAUUUAGUAUACCUUUUGUUGCUAAAUUCACAUAUGAUAUUGGGAAAGGAUUGUCUUUUAAGUUAAGGUGUACUGCCUAUAAUGACAAGAUCUCUUUGGAACGCUAA